GAAAAAAUCUACCAAGGAAGAUGAAAAGCUAUUCAAAGGAGAAAAAGAUAAACAAUAAAAAAUUGAUUUGAAAAUUAGAGCGAACCUUCAGAUGCAGAAGAACAAGACUCGAGGUGGUGCCAAGUUUCAACCCAAGACUAAAUGUAAAGCUAAAGAUGGAAUACCUGGCUCAAUCCCUUCAAAACUCCCUUAUGCAGUUCAUGCUGUCCAGCCUACCGAUGUUGUAGAUGAGAGUAGGAGCUCACUAGUAGUGAAACCCUUCCAAGUGGCCAUCCCUGAUUCUUUGCUUGCAGGGGUUGCAGUUUCCAAUGGUUGUGAUGAUUCAUAUUCUAGAUUCGGAAGAUUAGUUGGGGAGAUAAAAGAAAAGAAAUUUGCUAAUGCAGACAUAUUUUUUGGGUUGGAAUGUCUUGAUCAAUUUUUUACUCAAUCUUCUAACAACAAUGGAGGCAUUCAAAUUGAUGAUGAAAGAACAGGGACACAGGAAGCAGGAGCCUUUCCUGAUAUUAUGUCUGUUGGGAUCAUUGCUUCUGGGCGACAUGCUAGGAAAUUCAAACCCAAGCCCAGGUUACAAACUAGUGUAGUCACCUUUCAACCUGCUGUGUUGAUUCUGUUAUGCAUCCUCCGAAUUCUCAGUUUGAUCCUUCAGAAACUAUGAUUGGAGAGAGCUCAAUUUCUGACUUUCCACCUGAUGAUGUUCCUGAGUGGUCACCCAUGGAUUUUGGUGCUUUUAUUCCUUAAGAUCCCUUCUAGCUCUGAAGUUCCGGCAAAUGAGGAACUGGUAAACCUCACAGAAGCUUCUAACCCAGGUGUUGCCCUUUCUGGAGAUGUUCCCGGCAUGCCUAAAAAAGUGUUAAAACUUUUCCUGCACGUCUUUCUCCUGUAUAUAAUCUUGGACUUGGAUAAAAAAUCUUUUGAAUUUCCUUGA